AUGUUUGCAGAAUCAUGCAAUUUUAUUCACAAUGCCUCUGCAACUAUUAAUGCAGAAGUUUUACAUUCGAAAGACUCGUCAAUCACCCCACACAUCGCAGCGGGUCCCAGCACACCCCAUAAAUCCCCCGAGGUUAUCAUAGAGUCACCUCGUUCCAUUCGUUCCCCACCCCGCUCGCCGAGAACCACUAGUUUGCUACUUGCUCUAAGAGAUGUCAUUGGGGACCCCGACGAAGAAGAAGACGAACUCCGAACGGUUGUUGGAAACCAAGCAAUUUCGGCACAGGGUGAUAAUUGGUCCGAAGCUUUGCCUACGCUCGUCAACAUUGAAAGUGGCUUUGGAGAAUUUUCUCAGCCUGAAAACAGUAACGCGAAUCACUCAGAUUUGGACGAACCGGAAGACGACGAUUGCGAAGGACACUGGACUGCUAUAUCAGACUAUGACGACGAAGAUGGGGAUGAGGCAAAUAGCGCCUCGGGGGAAAACAUUUUCGAGGACGAAACCGUACACAAUGAACCACCGGAUGUUAUUACACCAGGUGACGAUGAACCCACUGUACAACUUUCUGCAGUCGGCCACACAGAAGCAGGUACCAUCAGGCCCCUAUCUUCAGCGUCCUCGGGUUCCCAUCGUCAAAGUGUAGCAUCUGACAUCUCAGCCAACCUUACUGCGUCCAGUCUUUUAUCUCCCAUCGAAUUAGCUGAUAUCAAGCUCAAACCUAUAUUUCCAAUCGAACGGGGUCAUUCUUCUAGAGGUUCCAAUUCCUUCGACUCUGGCUAUGGGGAAAACUGGAAACCUCCCAUUCCUUUACAAGCAAGUCCCCCGCGCAGUCCAUCUGUUAGCUCAACUUUCGACCUUAAUUUGUCACCGUUCGGCACACGCACUAGUCGCCUUUUGUCCCCUCGGCUGGGUGCAUUCAUUGCUCGCUCACCAGUUUCACCAGCAAAAACAAUAUUGUCACCAGCAGUGCAAGAAGAAGUCGAAGAAUUGGACUUGAGUCUCGAUUCUCCAUCUACCUAUCAACAACAGAAUGACGCAAACUUUGUAACGAGAUCGUUUUCCAGCGAAGAAAUAGAAGGGCAAGAUAAUACUCAUUCUUCAGCUGAACUGAUGGAAAUUCUGGAAGGCGGAGAAACGCAGGAUGAGCAAGAGGAUGAAACAUCGCCGGAUUCCUAUGGACAUACAUCUAUAUGGGACCCAGAAGGUGGACCAACAGCUGUCUACAUGGGCGAUCCUUCAGUUUCUCAGCAAAGUAGCGAAGACGAUGCUGAAGAUGACACAGCUUUCCUAGCAUACCUGAACAGCCCGCAGUUAGCUCAACAGCCCAACGAAAACGACACGCUUGGUUCAUUCUACGACAUUUAUUCUGGUAUUGCACCAGACAUUGCCAACCCUUCUCCCUCUCACAGCUACGUUGCCGAUGCUGGCCGCACCACUCCUCAACCAGAGCCUGCAUCUCGGUCAAAUUCUUCAACACCCGCCAGCUCUCUGCGAGAGCGCGUUUUCACUCCGCCAGCACCGAUGCGAAAGCGGUCCGGUACUAUCACUGCAGCGGAUUCACCCAAUUCACUAUCUUCUCCUAUUACUUCACUGGACUCGAUUUCAAGAGGGCGAGCAUCGCCUUUUUCUGUAUCAGAGCACAAUUCUGUUGCUAGAGGUACAGGUAGCCAAAGCCCCUUCGGCCAAGAAGUCGAGGUGUCGAAGAAAGUACCGUUUGGGUUUAAGAACUCAUUUUCAUUGGGACGCGCUAGUCGAUCCUCAUUGAUGACGAGCCGUAGUGACAGGAGGAGCGUGCCUGCAUCUCCUCUUCAACAAUAUACCCCUGCACCAGGACAGGACUCUUCUUUAGCGUCUACGAACCAAUCUCCUAUGACUUCCAGACCAGGCUUGAAGCCUCUACGACUUUCUACUCUGUUGGAUUCUAAUCACACUUCACGAUCUCAUCUGCAAUCUCGCAUGCCUGCUACUGCCUCAGCUACCGUUACUAAUUUUUCACGUUCUGGACUUUCUCAUCGCACAUCUUUAUCAUCUGCAAGUGUAUCAUCUAGCAAUUCAUUUUCCGACAAUCGUUUGUUUUCAUCUGCACGUUCUUCCGUUAUUCUUCCCAAGAAUCGCACUAGCGUGACUUCUUCGAAAUCUCCAAUAAUUUCACCCUAUAUCAGGUCUUUAGCUGAUCUUGAAGAACCCCACUCUGCACCUGCAAAUUCCUGGCGCCAAUCCAUAAAUUACUCACGACCUUCCAGUCGGCUUUCCGAGCGGUUCAUCGAGGAUGACAACGAAGACGACGACACAGGUCACUUCUCGACGAAUGAUCCGUACGGAGAAACGAUCCGCAGACCUAUACCCGCUAUGCCUCAUACUGCCCCUGCGUUCUAUCCACCAACGUAUGCCAUCGAAACGCCCAAGCCGACACUAAUGUUCGCCAUUGCCAGCGAUAAUGUAGACGAAGUCAGGCACGUACUUGACUCGGGCGAGGUCGAUCCAAACGAGACCGUUGGCCCGCAAUCGGCGCUAAUGUUUGCGCUGACGAACGACAAGCUCUCAAAUAAACUUGAGAUUGUGAAGACACUCUUGGCGUACGGUGCGGACCCCGCUACCGCGAAGAAUGUUGUUAUGUCGCAUUCGCGUUCGUCGUCCUUUGAAGGCCAAGAGGAAGAAGUUCAAGGCGAAGCUCUGCCAUCACCGUCAUCAGAUCCCCCAAAGACUCUGAUGGAUGAGAUAGAUCCUGCAACAAGGUACUAUCUUGAGCGCGCAGAUGCCAUCCAUACACGGAGGAUAUCUGUUCUGAUAAAACGUUCUGUGUUCAAACCCUUGACGAGAGUCCGGUAUGAAAUUAUUGGACAGGACAGAGCUCUGGAACAACUAUUCAGAGUUCUGUCUAUGCACUCCAAGGAGGUCGCUGUGACCCCUAUGGUUGUCAUGCUUUGUGGACCAAGUGGACACGGAAAGAGUCUGUUGGCGCGCAAAUUCGGAUCAUUACUCGACGUUCCAACACAUACCGUAAACAUGACAACUCUGCGAUCAACUCAUGAUUUGUGGCAAUCGUACUCUAUGAGUCCAUACGAGGAGCCAACCAAUUGUACUUUGGCGGAGUUUCUUAUCAACAAUGAAGGCAAGAGAUGUGUCGUCGUUCUCGACGAAAUCGAGAAGACUGUCGAUCAGACUGCACUAUGGUCCUUGCUCAUGCCCUGGGAACUUGGGCGGUGUUCCUUUGAGGCCGGUAGCCGUCACGUAGAUGUUCGAAAUGUCAUCUGGCUUGGGACAUCAAACAUAGGCCAUGAUUUAGUCUUCCAGCAUCGUGAAGCGCGAAAGAACCCGAACGAGCCCAUGUCCCGAGAAGAAUACGUCGAGCUUAUGGCGCUAUUGCGACCUCGAGUGUCAGAAAAGCUAGGGGCUUCUGUCUUGUCAAGGAUUACAACUGUCUUACCUUUCGUGCCUUUCUCCUUGGAAGAAAAGAGAGCGAUCUGCUCAGAGGCAUUCUACACCCUGGGAGGAGAGUUUGCAAGGUCGCUGCCUCAGGAGAGAGUGGAGAAGAUUAUUUCUAAUGCUUUGACGAGUUAUAUCGCCGAUGAGGGCGCUAGGUCAUUGUCGCGAGCCAUUUCCAACCAAUUGGUAGAUAUCAUUUAA